UCAUAGCAGCUGCUUCAAUCGGGGCUUGGGGCUGCUCUUGGAGGGGGACGGGGAGGCGGGUGGUGAGGAGGUGGUGCUGCUGGUGGUGGGCGACUGGGUGGACACAAACAAACAUACAAACAACGAAAGAGUGUGUGUGUCUCUUUCUCUGUGUGUGUCUGGCUGUCUGGCCACAAGUAGAUGAAUGUACCUGCUGCUGUUCCAACUCCCGUAGCUUGGCUUUGAGGCCGCUGAUGAUAUCGAGCAGCUUCUUCUGCUCGCAGGACACCACACACACGCACCCAGACAGACAGAUGACAAGGUGUGCCGCAUAGGAGUCCGCUGACAUAUAUGUGCCCACCUGGUUUGCCUGCGCUGUUUCUGCCAUUUUCUUGUUUGACUCUAGUAGAUUCUCGAUGCCCUCCACGGCCCCCUUGUGCAUGUCCUGCCAAAUGUAGCAGCUCUCUGUACGCCACACAGACAGUAUACAGCGCGCAUGCAGGCAGGCAGGCAAUGGGGGCGACGCUGUUGUUGGUUCUCACCUCUCGUAUGCUCCCGCUCCUCAUACAGCCUCAGCCAUUCCCUCCUCACGACGAGCCCAGUGGGGUCCUCCCUCUCAUAACUUUCAAACUCUGUGACACACCCACACACACAUCAUGACCACGCUUCGUCGCCUACAGAACAGAGCUUCUCCCUCUCGCCGUUCUUGCAGGUGCGCAACGUCUGACUCCCUCACCGCCGCAUUCACGCUUACCGCUCAGUGUAUGGCGCCUCUUACAUGCUGCGGACGACUGUGAGUCCACGCGGCCAUUUCUUUCUCUGACGGACUCUCCUUUUCCCUGAACUUGCAGAUGCCUCCUCCUCGUCGAUCUCAUCGUGCUCGUCCUUAGACAGCAUGUGACACACGCACACAGAAGCACACAGAGAAAGAGGGCAGGCGCAUCGCAUGUGUGGCCGUCUUUGUGCGGUGCUAUUUGGCUUCAGCCACUUACAGCGAUAGUCGAUUUGGUUUUCUUGGCCUCGGCCACCAUGUCGGCCACCAGCUUCUGUGCGAUGUGUAGGCGGGCCUUGUUGGUGUGAUACCCGACCACCUGCACCACACACAUCCACUCGCACACACAGCCAUCCAGCCGCCCUGUGUGUGUGUGUGUGUGCUCACGGCUGUGUAGAGACGGUCUCCUACCCUACGGUCUCCGGUGAGGGCUGGGCUUUAUCUGGGCUUCGUAUGGCGCGCGCCAAUCGUCGAACUGCUUCUUGAGGGUGGGGUCCAGUGACUCGAUCUUCUCCAUACGGCAACAGAGGUCCUGGUCCAGCUUGAUGACCUACCACACACACACAGCAUGGUGCCGUCAGCGUGUGUGGCGGUGACUCUCUCAAUCGCUCACCGUGUUGCAUAGUUCGGCGUACUUGUUGAGUGCCCGCAUGGCGGCGGCGGCGGAGUUCUCGGACUCUGUCAGACACAAUACAUCCACACACACAUGACCUCACUUAACACGACCGCCGUCCCCCACCAGUCGAGUUCUUGGCCGUUUCUGCACACACAAACACAGAUGGCAGGCAACACAUACAUAUCCCCCUGUGUGUGUAGGUUGAGAUGAAGUAAGGUGCUUUGACUCACCGAUGAGCGUCUUGCAGGCCUUUUCCAUGUCGCGGCACUCGAAGGGGCAGGUGUCGAACACGACUGCCUCGGCCUCGUUCAUCUGCUCGCUCAUCUCCUCCAACAUAUCCAGCGUCGAACAGGCCGUCAUGACAGCUAGAUCGAGCUCUGAGACCAUACAACGUACACACACACGCACACACACAGACGUGCGCAAGCGUGUAUGUUUCCUUGAUGCAUUUAUCCACCCACCCACCCAUCACUUCCGCAGGGGUCAUGCUCUGCACGAACGUGGCCUGAACACAGCGCACCACACACCACAUUACACACAGUCAUUGAUGGAUGGAUGGAUGGAUAGAUGGCCAUUGUGGGCAUUCUCUCUCUGAUCUCUGACCUGUGCCGAUCCCCUCUUGGCGAUCACCUCCUUCCCCUGCCGGAUGAGGCUGGCCUGGCGGUGCACCCAUUCCACCAUUUGCUUCAGUUGGCGGUCCAUGUGUGGCAGUAUCCCCUGCACCUGCUCGAUGGCGUCACGUCUCGGCUCCUCGUCAUCAUCGUCGUCUUCAUCGUCUUUGUCUUGUCCGCUGCCUGUCUUCUUCAUCGCCUUCGAACUAGUUGUCGUCCUCGUCUUUGUCUUGGUCCCUGUUGAUACCCACGCACAGACACACACAUGAUGGAUGGCUGUAAACGAGAGCCUCGUUGCCUGCGACGCAUACUCGGGGUGUGAGGGCGAUGGUUUCUUGGUGCGCUGCAGCAGCUCGUUGUUCCUGCAAUGACACACACAAGAGGGAUGUGUUGUGUCGGGAUGUGUUGUCGGGAACGCACUCGAGUUUGUCUCCCUGCAGCACGUCGGUCAUGUUGAACACGGCCAGCUGCGACGUCUUGUCAUUGCGCUCCAGCCUGCAAAGCGCAGCGUUGUGGUGUGUGUCUGUUGGCUUCUUCCGUCUCACUCCUUGAUCGUGGCUUCGUAUUGAGCCGUCUUGGCUUGGUGUUGAAUGCCCAAUCUAUCAGACCAAAAGACGCGGUGUCCAUGUGUGCCCCAUUCCUCUCUCUCUGCAUCUUCCUGUUUCACCGGUCGUACGCCGCCUGGAUGGGCCUCACGAUCUUCUUGAGCCUGGCAGCUACAGAGAGCCAAACGAGACAUGCAUACGUUCGUGGCAGCCAGUGUGCUCGCCCGUCCGUCUUACGUGUCUAGCUCGUUGCGAGCGAUGUCACGCUGUUCCUUGACCUGAACCACAUAGCCGCGCAGCUGCUCCACAUUUCCGCGCGUCCGCAAGUAUUUCUCUAUCAGUGACUCCAUAGCCCCGCCUUGUCGGCUGUCACAUACACCGGAUGCCCUCAAUACACACACGCUGGCGCACAAUGGUUGCUUACCUUGAUGAGUCUGUCCGCUGACAUGGAUGUGCCCACCUCGUUUGAUAUCUCCCGACACAUGACGUCAGACGCCUGCCCCUUGUCGUCUUGCACCUACAAAGGAGCGGUGCAGGUAAUUCAUGGCACUGACCUCGUAGACCCGUGCGAGACGGGAAUCGGCUGAGCCGCGCUUGGAGACGGCAUCGUAGACCUCGUACGUGUACUCGGGUGGCGCCACCGGCCUGAUGGAUGGAAUAAAGAAGCCACAUGCAGUCAGUCGUGGCACACUCAGGCGGCUGCUGUGCGGGCUGACUGCUGCUGCAUCUUGUUGAACCGUUUGAUGACAACUGGUAGCCCUGUGUCCUUCCUCUUGCCCCGCCAGAGGUUCCCAUAGCUGCACACACAUACACACACACGGCCGUAUGUGCGGUUUCUGUCAGUGUGUGUGGCUGAGCGCGCCUGUCACUAACGUGUUGCGUACCUCCCGCUGGCCAU